AUGUCCGAAGCGACUUCACGGACAUCCGCCUCGCGCGGCAGAGGCUCUGGCCGCGGUGGUAGAGGAGGUUUCGCCGGUCGCGGCGGCCGACGAACCAAUGGCGACAAGCCCGAUCACAGCACUGCUGAUUCCCAGGGUGCAUUCGAAGACGAAGGCGAUUUUGGCGAGCUUCGAAAGCAAUAUGGCAACAAGACUUCGGUGAUCCGCGAGAUGUUCCCCGACUGGUCUGAGGCCGAUGUACUUUUUGCUCUCCAGGAGACUGACGGCGACGAGAACGAAGCCGUCACACGCAUCGCUGAGGGUACUAUUUCGCAAUGGGGUGAAGUUUCAAAGCCCAAGAAGGCCUCUCGAGCUAAGGCUAAGGACCAAGCUCCUACUCCUUCGAACGACGCGACGUCCGCUGGGCCCCGGGCUGCUCGCGGUGGCCGAGGUGCAUCUGAAGGAGGUCGAGGCAGAGGCCGAGCAACUGAACGAGGAGGUCGUAGCACACGUGGCCGACCUGCCGCUGCUCCUACCAACGGCGCUGGACCUAAGGAGAACGCUGCCUUAUCUAUUCCCACAGAGGAGUCAUCUGCCUGGGGCACUAAGGAUCCCAAGGUGGGCACCUCAGAGGAAAAGGAACCCGUUGCUGAACAACCUGCCCCCUCCGCGACUGAGGCACCCAAGCCUGCUGCUCCUGCAGUCAAGACCUGGGCAAGCAUGUUGCGACAGUCUGCUCCUCCCAAGCCUGCGCCCAAGCCUAAGGAAGCUCCUGCUGCUCCUCAGCCAGCUGAUGAGCCAGCUGAACUUGAGUCUCCCCCCGAACCUCUCGAACCCGAGCCCGAGGCUGUGCCCGAGCCUGAGCCCGAAACCGCCCCUACCCCCACCGACGAAACUGACGAGACCACACCCGUUGCCGAUACCACCACUCCCGCCGAAGUUCCUCAAGUCAGUGUAGAGCCUGAGGUUGCUCUUCCUCCCUCUAAGGAUGAGCUCACCGAAUCAAAUCUUGAACAGGUUGUUGACGAAUCCCAACCGCCUCCAGAAGGCACUGUCGCAAGCACCGCUGCUGACUCUUGGGAUCCUCGACAGAACCCUGCCAGUGUUAAUGCUACACCCAUCUCGGCUGCCCAGCAGCAGCAUCAAGCCCCUCCCAGCGGAUUCGCCGCAACUGCCGCCAAGGCUACUGCUGAGCGAACUACCCGUGUUCCUAGCCACCACCACCAGCGCCGUGUCCUCGAUCAGGAGGAAGCUGUUCGUAUGCCUGGAAACCGUGAGGUUGACCGUGCUGCCGUUCAGUUCGGAGCUUUCAGCUUGAACGGAGAUGAAGACAUUGAUGGUGAGCGAGAGGAGCCUGAGACUCGAGCCCAGCCCCCAGCCGACUCACCUGUCACUCAUCCUCGCACCUCGCUUCCUCCUACCACCCAAGCUGGCGUUCCCGACUCAUUUGCUCAAAAGCCUGCUCCUGCGGUUGCUCCGAUUGCGGCCCCUACUGGUAUGACCUUAUCUUUGAAUUCGCCGUUUUGCUUGAUUGCUGACCGUACCACAGUUCCUGCUGCUCAGUCCCAGGCUCAGGCUCAGGCUCAGGCUCAGGCUCAGAUCCCUGGCCAAGCUCCCGCUUCAAGCGCUCAACAAUAUGGCCGCUUCGGUCAAGCUGGUGCCCAGGACCCCAUGGCAGCCCAGAAGCCUUUGGAUCCUUUCAACCAGCAGAGCACUCCCUCUUCUCAACCCCCCUUCGACAAUUUCUCUUCCCAAACCUCUCAGGCACAGCAACCUGGCGCCGCUUUCAGCUCUGCACCUAACGACUAUGCUUCCUACUACACCGCGAACCAACCCGACCGAAACCCCUACAACUACUACGGCCAGCAAUUUGGCCAGCAAGGAGGACAGGGCCAGGAGGCCACUGCUUCUCAGCGACAGUAUGGCGGCUAUGGAGCUUCUCAGGCGGAUAAUCUUAGCCAGUAUCCCCAGAGUGGUCUGCACAACCAGCCACGAUUUGGUGGAAGUGCUGUGGAUGCCCAGAACAGCGGCAACAGCACUCCCAACCCUACUACCCAGGCUCAACAGCAACAGGCCCAACAGCCUGCUCAGCAACAGCAGCAGCCUGCUCAGGGAUCUCAGCCCCAGUCCCACGGCCAGCAGUAUCCCGGUUAUAACCAUCCCUACUACAGCAAUCCCUACUACCACCAAUAUUACUCUGGAUAUGGUCAGGGAGGAUUCGGUCCAUAUGGGAAGGGCGGUAUGUACGGCCAGCCCUACCAAAUGUCUCCCAAUGCGCCUUAUGAUCACAGCUCAUCUCCCGCUGGAUUCGGUCAGUCUUCUCUCCACCGUGACAGCGGUCUGGGAGCAUCUGGCCUGGGUGACUACGGCCGUGUUGCUACUAGCCAGGCUGCCAGCCAGCCUGGCCUUGGUGCUAGCUCUUUCGGCAGUGUCCACGACUCCUUUGCCCGCGGUGCCACUUCGUUCCAGACUCAAGGCCAGUCGUUCAACAGCCCUGGUCAGCCUGGCAACGCUGUCGCUGAUGACCUGAAGCCUCCCUUUGGCGAUUCAAAGGCUGGAUCUGGUCCUUCGCCUUCCCUCGGCGGAGCUCGCCCUGGAUCAGCUACCAAUGCCCCUGCUGCCCAGAGCGGUCUCCCACCGCCUCAGAACGUCGGUGGCUACGGCGGCUACCCUAGCCACCUCCAGGGCCACGGCCUUCACGGCAGCAACGCAUAUGGUAUGGGCGGCAAUGCCGGUGCCAACCAGCACGGAAACAGCCCUUAUGGUUCCUACAACCAGGGCUUCGGUAGCGGUUACUAUGGCAGUAGCCAGCAACAGCAACAGCAACAGCGCGGCUGGGGAAACAACUACCAGUAG